GAGGACACCAGAAUAUCUGAAACAAAUGGCCAAAAUCAUCAUAAGCAUCCUCUCAUUGCUUUUUUUCAAAAGGUCCCUUUGACUCUUUCUAAAUUCAUUACCUCAGCUUGGCAUUUCCCAUUUAGGUUUUUGAGGAAUUUUCUUUUUUAAAGUGAAGACAAAAAGGGACUGAAUUUUAAACUCUGGAAAGGUUCCUUUGAACAUUUUUCUAAUUAUUUGGGAACUAAGAAUUAUUAGGAGAAAAAGAGAUGAAAUCGAAGCAUCUACCAAAGAAUGAAGCAACAGAAGAAAGCAGACCAUGAAUGACCAGGCAAUGGCUCAACUACAAAUUGACUUUGCACCAGCAGACUUAGAACUUAUUAAAAUGUUCUUAAAAUGUACACUUAAUAUUCUGUUUUGUAAAAGCUACCCUCAUGCAAGAAGCAUAACCUAACAGCCAAUAAUUGACAGAGAUAACAGAUUGAUUUUUUUUGUUAGGUCAAUCACCAUGCUGGGCUCCAUUCAGAUACUCAUUAAAUAUUUGCUCACUCACAGGCAGAUUGAACAAUGACCCAAAAAUUUAAAAUGCAUAGUUUCAUCCAAUCUAAUAAUUACAAAUUAACUGUCUCAAUUCAUUAAGCUGUUUGGGCAAAAUUGACAAAUAUUCAUUAUAUGCCUACUCUAAUAACUAAGGAAAACAAAUCCAAUAUAUUGAGUGAAAAAAGUACAAACUAUGAACCAGUAUGUACAAUAUAAUAAUAUUUUUAAGUGGGUAUAUAUACAUUCAGAAAAUUUUAAAUGUAUGUGCUUAAAAAGUUAACAGGGAUUAUCUCUGUGUACAGUGAUUUACCUCUUCUAUUUCCAGAUUUUUCUACAAUGAAAAAGAAUAAAGAAAAAUAAAAUAUAGAGUAGGUUACCAGAUGAUGUCAAAUCACAUCUUCUUUGUUUAUUUAUUAAAAAAGGUAUCUCUAGCAGGAUCCAUACAGCAACAAUUAUUUUAAAAUUAUAACUUUGAAAGGCUGAUGGGAAUCAAUAUGUAGAACUAAAGAAAUUUGCUUGAACACCCUUUCGAGGCAUAAAAAUUAAUGUUCUUUAAAAUCAUUAUGAUGAAAAACACAACUUUCGUGUUUAAAAAAAAUUAAGCACUAUAAUGGACAAAUAAAAAUCCUCUAAUAUUAGAAUAAACUAAUCUGAAUUGCUUAAGAAAGCAUACACAAGACUGAAAAGAACCUCCUUAGUAGACCUUCAUAGAGUUAAGCUAUUUGCAAACCACAGUUUCAUCUACGUCAAUGUGUGACAUUUAAAACCACACAAAAGGAAAGGAAAUUUUUAGUACAGCCAGCAGCCCCUCAAUAGAGCUGUUACUGCGACAGCCAGGGGGACAGCACAUGCUUCUCUGAGGACUGGAGAGCGGCCCCUGAGGCUUCGGGAAUACACUCCCAGAAGAGCCGUCCUUACUUUUGCACAAGAUGACAAACAGUUCUACCUUCUGUCCAGUGUAUAGAGAUCUGGAACCAUUCACAUAUUUCUUUUACUUAGUUUUCCUUAUUGGAAUUAUUGGGAGUUGUUUUGCAACAUGGGCUUUCAUGCAGAAAAACACAAAUCACAGGUGUGUAAGCAUAUACUUAAUUAAUUUGCUUACAGCCGAUUUCCUGCUCACUCUGGCAUUACCAGUGAAAAUUGCUGUUGACUUGGGUGUGGCACCCUGGAAGCUGAGGAUAUUCCACUGCCAAGUAACAGCCUGCCUCAUCUACAUUAAUAUGUACUUAUCGAUUAUCUUCUUAGCAUUUGUCAGCAUUGACCGCUGUCUUCAAUUGACACACAGCAGCAAGAUUUAUCGAAUACAAGAACCUGCAUUUGGCAAAAUGAUAUCGGCCGUCGUGUGGGGAAUGGUCCUUCUGAUAAUGGUGCCAAACAUGGUGAUUCCCAUCAAAGACAUUAAGGAAAAGCCAAAUGUAGGAUGCGUGGAAUUCAAAAAGGAGUUUGGAAGAAAUUGGCAUUUGCUGACAAACUUCCUGUGUAUAGCUAUAUUUUUAAAUUUCUCCGCCAUCAUUUUAAUAUCAAACUGCCUAGUAAUUCGACAACUCUACAGAAACAAAGAUAAUGAAAAUUAUUCAAAUGUGAAAAGAGCUCUCGUCAACAUACUUUUAGUGACUGCAGCCUACAUUAUAUGUUUUGUUCCUUAUCACAUUGUCAGAAUCCCAUACACGCUCAGCCAGACCGAGGUCAUAUCUGAUUGUGCUACCAGGAUUUCCCUCUUCAAAGCCAAAGAGGCCACACUGCUCCUGGCGGUGUCAAACUUGUGCUUUGACCCUCUCCUGUACUAUCAACUCUCCAAGGCAUUCCGCUUGAAGGUCACUGCAACUUUUGCUUCAGGUAAGGAGAGCAGGGCUCAGAAAGAAAAAUCAAGUUGUGAAAAUGAUGCAUAAACCAUGGGAUUGUGCUAUAAAUUUAUGCUGUGACUUCUUCCCUUACUGGACAACAAGUGCAAAACAACUGGAAAAGAGGAGGAAAGAGAGCCCCCGAAUGUAAAAGUACAGACGGCUAGCAAAUAUGGCAUGGUUUGCUGUGAAACCCUGUUUUUAAAUGCAAACCAAACAGUACUUCUUGGUUGUUAAGGCAAAUAUUUGUA